GGCUGCUCGGCAACUUACUAGGAAACCAGGGGCGGUGGGCACGCGCUUGGAAGGCUGCAGGCGCCAUGGGUAGAGCGAGGAACGGCGCCAACACCCAGCCUCGGGGACAAAAGCGGCCCGGGGAUCCCGCCGCCGCCUGCGCAGCCGUCGCGGUCAUGGGCGCGCGGCGCCCACCUUUCCAAGUCCGCAUGGGGAGCCAAGCGGCAGGAAGGAAGCCGGCGACGGCCAGGCGGGAUCAGGCAAGGUUGCGGCGGAAGCGCUGGUGGCGGCGCACCCGGGAGGCAGGCUCCAAAGGCCCGCUGCGAUCCCCGAAGCCGCGGGCGCCCGCCAUGUCCCCGGGCGAGAUGGACCUGGGCGCGCAGCGGGAGCGCUGGGAGACGUUCAGGAAGCGACGGGGCCUCAGCUGCGAGGGUGCCGCCAAGUUCCUGCUGGACACCUUCGAGUACCCAGGCCUGGUGUAUCACACGGGAGGCUGCCACUGCGGCGCGGUCCGCUUCGCCGUCUGGG